UCAGGGUUAACAUAAAACUGAACUAAGCUCCAAACCACAUAGUUGGAAGUCUUCCCAGCCAAUUCACCAUGACAGCAAGGAGUUAUAUGAGACAGAUUUUUUAAAAAAGAAAACAGUAACAGGAUGGACCUCUCAGAGAAAGGAGACCCCAAGAAAGCUUCAUUCCUUUCUGUUUCUGCAGGAUCUGUUUCUCCAAAAAGUGUUAGCCCUCCUGAGAAAAUAUCUCCGGGAAUAUGUGGCACCCACUAUCCUCUCAGCAUCGCCUUCAUUGUAGUGAAUGAAUUUUGUGAGCGCUUCUCCUACUAUGGAAUGAAAGCUGUCCUGUCUUUGUAUUUUCUCUACUUCCUGCAUUGGGAUGAAACAACUUCCACAUCUGUGUACCAUGCUUUCUCAAGUUUGUGUUACUUCUCACCAGUCAUUGGUGCCUUCAUUGCUGACUCCUGGCUGGGAAAAUACAAAACAAUCAUUUAUCUCUCCAUUGUUUACAUUAUUGGGCACGUGAUCAAAUCAGUUGGGGCAAUAACAAGUGUGGGAAACCACAUUACUCAUGUGAUUUUGUCAAUGACGGGCCUGUCUCUGAUUGCUCUUGGAACGGGAGGCAUCAAACCCUGCGUGGCAGCAUUUGGUGGAGACCAGUUUGAAGAAAAGCAUGUCCAGGAAAGGAACAAGUUCUUCUCUGUUUUCUAUCUUGCCAUUAAUGCAGGAAGCUUGAUCUCCACUUUUCUUACUCCUGUGCUAAGAGGGGGCGUGCAAUGCUUCGGAGGGGACUGCUACGCUCUGGCUUUCGGGGUUCCCGCUGCUUUAAUGAUUGUAGCUCUUGUUGUGUUUAUCUCUGGAAAUAGACUUUACAAAAAGAUUCCACCACAAGGAAAUAUCUUGCUGGAAGUUUGCAAGUGCAUUGUAUUUGCUUUGAGAAACCGAAUCAGAAAUCGUUCCCCAGAGAUACCCAAAAGAGAGCAUUGGCUAGACUGGGCAUCAGAAAAAUAUUCAAACCAGUUGAUCACGGAAGUUAAAAUGGUGACACGGGUCCUUUUCCUCUUCAUCCCAUUACCAAUGUUCUGGGCACUCUUUGAGCAACAGGGGUCCAGGUGGACUCUACAAGCAACUAAAAUGAAUGCUAACUUUGAAAGAUUUGUCCUUCAACCUGACCAAAUGCAGUUCUUAAAUCCUCUCUUGAUCCUUGUCUUCAUCCCUGUCUUUGACUUCGGACUAUAUCCCUUGGUAAACCUGUGCAGACUUAAUUUCACGCCCAUUAAAAAGAUGGCAACUGGCAUGAUCCUGGCCAGUCUGGCAUUUGCAGCUGCAGCUAUUGUAGAACUCAAGCUAGAGGAAAAUGGUAUGCCUAUCCCAGUUCCCAAAGAAAGCUACAUUCAGGUCCUGAAUUUAGCAGACAGCGAUGUUGAACUGACUCUUGAGGGAUAUGACUUGUUCCGGCAGCCAAUUAAACCUUUUCAGGACCCUGCUGAAUACUCCAGAUUAAUUCUCAAUAGUGACCAACAAUUUAUUCAAGUUAAGAUACAGCACCAAGGAUUAUCAUCCACAUAUAAUCAUUCGAUCGAUGAAAUGUCAGUCAACAGUUUAAUUAUCUACAAGAGAGGAGGAAACCUAACAACCAAUAUAAUUGAAGACAUGCAGAAAAAGCCAUCAGAAGGAAUGGCAGCAGUGAGAUUCAUUAAUACUUUGGAAUGGGAUGUCGGCAUCACUCUUGGUGAGGAGGAGUUCAUCACUGUUAACAAAAGUUAUGGUGUUUCAGAUUACAGGACCCUGCCAAGAGGAAGGUACAACAAUGCAAAAUUCCAAAUGAAAGCAGAAGUAUCUGCCCUGAAGCUUGGCCUUCUAGAUUUUGGAGCUUCAUACACUGUUGUCCUAACACAAGGAUAAGAUUAGGCUGCAAACAAAUGAGACCUUCAUAUUACAAGCAUUAUUCAAAGAUUUUUAGGCAAAUACAACAAUUGAUAUACCACAAGUUAGGAACUUCUAAGUCACACAGAAAUCAGAACAAAAGAGGUCAUAUACAUAUAAUUCUCCUGCUGUCAUCAGUAAAAGUUUGGAUGAAAUUCUAAGCACAUUUUCUUGAGAAUGCAUCAAAUGCAAGUCGAUCAUCUGUCAUACAUGAGCAAAUGUAUACAGUCAUUGGCUCCAGCCUUAUUGUUUUAAAUAUUUCAUUUUAUGGCUCAACACCCUCAAGAGAAUCACAAUGCUCACUCCACGAUUAUGUUCAGAAUAUUCUGAGAAAAUUCAGAUGACAUUCAUUACUGCAUUGCUUUGCCUUCAUUUUUUGUUUUCAGCAUUGGACUUCUGACAAUUUCUGCCACUUGUGCUACGUCAUUGUAAGAUCAAAUGGAUGGGCCCCACAGCAAACAUUGGGAAGGCCUUCAUGAUAGCUUGACCAAGGCCUUUUCAAACUUGGCAGCAACCAUGAAAAAUAUCAAUUUAUUUGCAUUAUGCCUAAAUUUGCCCUCCAUUAAUAGGGAAGGUAUUAGGUUUUAUUUAUUUGGUUGCUUUGUUGAAUUGAAUAUGUGGACUAGUAAAACGAAUGGCAUUCUGGGGCUAUGAUCCUUUGUCUAGCUGGGAUCAAAACCUACUGAGCAUAACACAGGAGGAUUAUUUCUGGAUAAAUAUGCACUAGAUUGCGUUAUAAACAUAUCAGU